AUGGACUCUUAUCACAGUAGCAUAUUUAUGCAUAAUGAUAUUGAAGUCUUUUUAAAACACAACACAGUGUCAGUCCCUGUGAUUGACAGGGUGCCUGUCCCGGUGAUUGACAGGGUGUCAGUCCCGGUGAUUGACAGCUACAGGAAGAGGAAGCGCCGGAGUGAAGCUGUUACUGAGAGGAUUUCCGAGGCCGAGCCUCUAACAAAAGGCGGCCGCCAUGGACAGGCUGGGCACUUCCGAGAGCCUGGCCACAAAGAGGCCACCGCGCUUGGCCACCGGCUCCGGGCAAGCGAGCUUGGAUUCACAGGAAAGCUGCUGAUUCUUGCUGAGAUCUGGUGCCAGGGGAAGUCUCUACUUUCUCCAAGUUGUCACUGUUUGUGUGCCGCUCUGCACCGGGAGCGUCAGCCCGCUGGCUGUGUGCCGCUCUGCACCGGGAGUGUCAGCGCACUGUUUGGCAAAGUAGCUCAUGCCCUAUCCAGAAGUGAAGCACACCUUGGAGUGGAUAUAAACACUAUUUCUUUUCCUCUAUCCUGUCCCUGGAAUGAUUCUGAGGAGAGCAUGAAUUGCUGCCCCGAUUUACAUCAACAAAGAGCAGGAUUUGAACCUGGGACUGCCAGGUCUGUAUCAGCAUUUUUAAAAUUUUGA